AUGAAAGUGGAAGUUAUGUCAAGCCACCGGGUGCAUCCCGAACACAAGAAGGCCAGCGAGGAAACAGCAAUCCUUCCAGUCAUCGACUCUUGGUAUUGUUACUGGAGGACGUUAGCAGCCAUCUACCUUUUCGACGCUUACUCGGGGCCAGAACUUUACACUGAUCUACGCCAAAGCCUUUCAAAAACUCUGGACGAUUUUCCUCAACUCGCCGGCACAUUGGACAAUUGUAACAUUCAAGUUGAGGAUAAAAGUGGCCGAUCUGUUCGACGCACGAGGGUGACCUGGGGAGGCAAUACCCUCGGAGGUGAAUUUAUAGAAGCGAAAACCAAUGCGCGAGUUAGAUCACUGCUUCCACCUUCGAUUCAAAAUAUAUCUAGCUUCGCGUGGGACCGUUCCGACAGAACACUACGACCAUUGUUUCCCGCUACACUUCCUGAAACUUCGGGGAUCCGUGUCCAAGUAACUUCUUUCAAAUGCGGAGGAUUUGGCAUCGCUCUCGACAUGGAUCAUGCUUUAGCGGACGCUCACACUGUUGGACUCUUCAUAGGACAUUGGUCGGCGAUACAUACUCGGAUGUUUACCUCAACCACAACUUUUCCAUCACAAAUAUCGCUGCCGAAUGUCAUGUUCAAUCCUCAGUUUGUAGAGAAGAAAGUCCACGAAACAGACAACACUUAUGGCUCCAAAAUGGUCAUGCUUGACCGGGCUCGAGAGCUGCCUACCCGACGCCCCGACCUCCGAGACAAAUCCAGUCAACGCACGAUGCAAGGAAACAUGUUCAAGCCUCCACCGAAGCCAUCCGCCGGUGUUCCUUACUUGCUCCAUUUCUCAGCUUCUGAAUACGAACGGAUUACCCGAGGCAUUCAACAAGCUACUGCCAGUCCACAGAUUACCGAUCAAGUCGCUUUUGUAAGCUUUCUAUGGGCGGCCUUAAACAAAGCCCGAGCUCGGUGUUCCGUUGGGCAGGCAGUCGACUUGCACCUACCAACAAGCUUUCGCUGGACGCUGGGACUCCCAGAAGGCCUGAUUGGGAGUCCGUUAGUCGCUGUUAUGAUGGAUGGUGGGCCAGAUGGCGAAGUAUGCUAUACAGAUCCUGUGGUGCUCGCCACAAUCAUCACAAAAACUCUUGAGAGAUAUACUGAAGAUGCUCUAUUGGCUAUAGUCUAUGAUGCAUCAUUACGCGACAGUCCCGCGAGUAUGUUAAGGGGUUUUGAAAGAAGGGAACGCAUGGAGUUCACUUCCGGUGUGGGAUUUGGAUCAGACAAGCUAUCCUUUGGAUGUCAUUCGCCCGUAUUCGUCGGGCCCAUCAUUCUUCCUGUUGAUAAUCUCUUCAUUAUGGCAGAAGGCAUGCGUACUAGUGAGGCGCACUCAAGCAAGUGGUACAAGCAUGGGGCCAACAUAUUUGUCAGCUUGCCGCAAGAUGUGUUUCGAGCAUUGUUAGCAGAUCCUGCUCUCAUAAAUGUUGAAUUACUAGGUGACAUAUGA